AAUGAACACCAGUCCUUAGGACCAAGUCAGUUCGUACAGUCAAUCACUCGCGCUGGCGGCGACCGUGUCAUCAAUGGGAAAGCCGCGCAGGACGUACAGCUGCCUUCGCUGUCAGAAGGACAAGGCAAAGUGCGAUCGCAAGCUGCCUUGUGGAAGGUGCCAGCGGAAGCGAACAGGAGAUGAAUGCACGUAUUCAUCGCACUUGACUCUCCAGCACGACCAGACAAGUCAAAAAGGAGCUAGUGGUAGGAGAGAUGAUGUGCUGCGGUCCAAACGUGGUGCCAUCGGCGAGAAAAGUGUGCCGACAGCCAGCUCUAUAAGCGAAAGGGCCACGGUUGGACAGACCGCGAGGCUUAUGACCCUUGGUCAUCCUCGCAGGAGGGAAAAAAUGGCGGUUCGUCAAGGAUAUGGCGGUAGAGAUGCCCGUGAAUGGUCACCUGAUCCGUUCCAUACUGAGGAGCUUGAACCUAUGGUUUUGCUCAACAUGCCAACGUCCCAGUCAGGUGUGCUGACCCUCCCGAGUAUAGCAGAUCCUAGUCGACGGACAGGAGGUGAUGCUCGUUUGAUAGGACAUUUGCGUCUCCCAUUUGUCCCCACAAAGCUGGCUUGGCACUUUCUCGAAGACUUUCUCGAUCUCAUCCAUCCAAUGCUGCCCAUCCUGCGACCCUACCGUCUCCGAUCGGCUCUGGUCGAGUACUGUGGAGCCUCAAGAGGUGAUAUCAAGAUUUCCAAAGCGGAUCUUGUCUAUAUUCUAGUCGUACUGGCGGUCGGUGCAGGUGCGCACGCCUCCGCGCUGCAAGGCCCGGAAAGCUCGUCACGACGCGAAGCCGAAGCUCGAGCUUAUGAAGUGCGUCUCUCAAGUGCGACCGCAGAUCAUCACGAAAGCCAAAUGUGGCGUCAAUCUUCACUGUGCACCGAAAAGGCGGCAGAUUUGUACACCGUUGCCAGAUUUCUGGUCGUCGAUCUCGAGAAUGAGGAACCUUGCAUUGAGGCGGUCCGCUGCUACCGAUUAUUGGCCUCUUACAACCUCAGUCAAAAUCUUUGGCUCGCCUUUUCUUUUGGCCUCAAAGCAAUCAUGAUAUCCAUGGCCCUCAAAUUGCACCUUAUUUCGCCUACGGCGACAGGUCUUGAAGGCGAAGCGCGGGAUCUUUGGGUCUCUUGUGCUACGAUCGACAAGUUGAGUCUCUUCGGAGACCUUGCCAUUCUGUGCACUGACAACUGAGCAGCAAUAUCUUUCGCAUCAAGAAGCUGCUUCAUGAUCGCCCUUUGGCAGACGAUUCAGAGGUCAAGAUUGUACAAACGAGGAAGCCAUACUUGGCCCAUUCUCUUCGCAUGGAUGCCAUAGCGGCCAAGAUAGUAGAACUGCCUCCGAUGGACGCCUCAAUCUGGAGCGGGGC